AUGAACAAUCCAAAGGUCAUCCUCUGCGGUAAUUCUGGAGUUGGUAAAACAACUUUAAUGCACGCAAUAUCAUCCCAAAAAAUAUCCCGUACUGAAGGCCCAACAAUGGGAUCUGGUUUCACAAACUGCAAUUUACAAUAUGGAACUGAAAUGCUGAGUGUAAACUUUUGGGAUACUGCAGGGCAAGAAACAUACAGAUCUAUGAUUCGAAUUUAUUUCCAUAACAGUCAUUUAGCAUUGCUCGUUUUUGAUUUGCAGUCAAAGGAAACAUUUGAUGAGUUGGAUAGUUGGAUUAAACUUCCUUUGAAGUAA